AUGGAUACCUCGAAAAAGGCUUUGCAAGAUGGCCAGGCAGUCCAUCCAUCUGAAGAUAACACCUCUGACACUCAAAGCGAGACCACCGGAACGACCGAGGCGGUUGAUCACCUAGCACGAAAGCUCAGUUCACGUCAGGUGCAGAUGAUGACAAUUGGUGGUUCCAUUGGAACUGCUCUAUUCGUCUCUAUUGGCACCGGCCUUCUUCAGGCCGGUCCGGGAAGUCUGCUCAUAGCAUUCCUCAUAUAUGGAACCGUCUUUGCGGCGGUCAUUAACUGCAUGGCUGAAAUGUCAAUCUAUAUGCCGGUCAGCGGUGGAUGGAUUCGAUUAGGCACUCACUGGGUUGACGACGCUCUUGGGUUUAUGAUGGGAUGGAACUUUUUUCUCUAUCAGGGCCUGAUCAUCCCAUUCGAAAUCACGGCUCUAAACUUGGUUAUCACGUUUUGGAGCGACAACGUGCCCCCCGUUAUUCUUAUUCUUAUCGUGUUCGGCUUCACCUUCGUCACAAUGGUUGGUGGCAAUCCCCAACGAGAUGCAUAUGGCUUCCGCUACUGGAACGAUCCGGGAGCAUUUGCCGAAUUCGUCACGACAGGCUCGUUAGGGAGAUUUGAAGGGUUUCUUGCUGGUCUAUGGAGAGCCGCUUUAAUUAUGUGUGGCCCGGAGUACAUCUCCAUUUUGGCUGGAGAGGUCUCGAACCCCCGCAAAAUCCUCAAAACUGCCUACAGGACGCUGUAUUGGCGGUUUGGGGUAUUUUUCGUCGGAAGCGCUAUUGCAGUGGGAAUCGUCAUUCCCUACAACGAUAAAACCCUAGUCGCGAUUUUGUCCGGAGAAGCUUCUGGCUCAGGGACCGGAGCCGCAUCGCCAUAUGUCAUCGCCAUGCAGAAUAUGGGCAUCUCUAUCCUGCCUCAUAUCACCAAUGCCCUGCUUAUCACGAGCAUAUUCUCUGCCGGAAACUCCUAUGUUUACUGCGCCUCUAGAGCACUCUAUUCCCUCUCUCUGGAUGGCCAUGCACCAAAAUUCCUCCAGAAAUGCACAAAGGCUGGAGUUCCGAUUUAUUGUUUUGGUAUAUCAAUGCUUUUCACAUUGAUUUCUCUAUUGUCACUGGGAAAUAGUGCAUCAGUUGUCAUUUCAUGCUUUCUCGGUAUGUGCUUAGUAUACUUGGGCUUUUAUCGAGCCAUGAAGGCCCAAGGGAUGAAGCGUGAUACAUUGCCCUAUAAAGGCUGGUGGCAACCUUUUUGUGCGUGGUACGGUUUGUGCGGUACGACUUUUGUCGUUUGCUGCUAUGGUUAUACCACAUUCCUUCCGAGACACUGGUCUGUUGGGACUUUCUUUACCUACUACACCAUGGUCUUCAUUUGCAUCUUACUUUAUGGAGGUUGGAAGCUUUCUAAAAGAACUAGGAUGAAAGAUCCUUCCGAGGUUGAUAUCAUCUGGGAGAGGCCACGGAUUGACGCCUACGAAGCGGCAUUCGCUGGGCGCAAUGUUGGGUUUUGGCAAGAGUGCCUCGAAUUGACGGGCAAGCGGAAAAGGGUUGAGACAACAGUUUAA